GAAGAAAAGAUAAAACAAGUUUUAAUUAAAGGUUUCUAAGGACAUUUUGUUGUUUUUAAUUUGAAAAUUUUUGUUUUCAUGGUUUUUGUAAUUUACAAACACAACAUAAAACACCCCAUUUAUUAAAGGAGAGAACCUUAACAGGACAAUAGAAAAACACAGAAGUGAGAGACAGAGAGAGAGACACAGUAACCAAGAGAGUCCAGACUGACAGUUAAACAAAUAAAGGAGCUUGCUAAAAUCACAAUUAAACAGAGAGUAAGAGUGUAAAAUCAAAGACCCGUUGUCUUAUUUGACAUUGCAAUUACGAAAUUUAGUUUUUUUUUAUUAAAACAAUAAACUAUUGUUGCUGAGACAAACAAAAAAACUAAUAAACAAUUAAAUUGUUGAAAACACUGUUAAUAAAAAAGUAUAUCAACGGAAAUCUUAAAAUGACUCCCUUUGAUGAUUUUUCGUAUCUUAUUAAUCAUGUAUUAUUGGGCGAAGAGCCGACUAUAGAAGAUUUUAUAUUAUUAGUGGGCACGGUGGUGGCAUUUGUAGCUUUUGUUUUAUGGUGUUGUUUUCCCAUACAGCCCAAGGACUCGGCCAAUCAUCGACAGUUUUCCUGUAAAACCAUGCACUCGAUUAACAGCUCUUCACAUCAAAUGCAAACCAGUUAUAGUAAAACUUCGACCAAUGCUUUGGUCCAUAAUGAUUAUAUAUUAAGAAAUGGUUCCUCUUCGAAUGGGGCCGGCAGUGGUAGUGGUGGCGGUGGUCAUUCAUAUCAUUGUUGCACUUAAAUGACACUCAACCUCCUCCUUCUUCUCCUGUCCCCAUAAACACGCCCCUAAACAGCUUUUUUUUGAACAGGUUUUUUUCGGGUUUGAAAUUAAAACUAAACAAACGGCAGACAUUACUUAAACAAAAUUUUUAAAAAAAUUAUUAAUAUUUAAGUAUAAUUAAGCUUGAAAAUCUUAAGCUUUAUUAAAUGAAAGAAAAAGAAGGAAGAAAAUAAUGUGAGCAAAUUAGCAGCAGGGGGUUUUAGUAAAAAAAAAAAAGAAUAUUUGGUUUUAAAAACCAUUUAAUCGGCUUGCAAUAGGUAACUUAGUAUUUAAUAUAAAAUAUAAUUGAAUUAAUUUUAGAAAAUUUAGUUUAAACGAAAAAAAAAUUGGCAAUUUAUGUUAAUUUUAAGAAAAACUAGU